AUGAAGUCAGUAAUGACGAAAUUUGUUCUUUUCACAAACUUCAACCCCAAAUUCCUUGAAAACACGUCAUCGAAGAUCACGUACAGCCAAGAUACUCACGAGAUGAUAGUCAAGUGUACUGGUAAAGCUCACGCUGCGAUCGCUAAUAGCUUUAAUGACGAGAUCAUCAAACAAGUUGCAGCUAUGUCGCUGCCCCUAGCAGAUUCGCUCCUAUCAACCGGCGAUGGAAGAUGUCGCGGAAACGUGAUAUCAAAGGAUCCAGACUAUUCAGUGCGACCAAAGAGCCAGUCGCUUCCUCCUAGCCGGUCCACGGACUGGCCCUCUAUUGUUGUGGAAGUUGGAGUUUCCGAAAAGCUUCCCCAAUCAAUGAAGGAUGCUACAUUUUGGCUAUCUAAUUCUAAUAACGAUGUCAAGAUGGUGAUAGUUGUAUCCAUUGACCCUCUUGUGCCCAACAUUCUAUUCCGCUGUGUUAUGAUAUCAGGCACAUUGGUGGAACGAAAUGGCCGCACAAAAUAUAUAUACGCAACCCGGCAAGAAAUGCAGAUCAAACGAAAUGCCGCCAGGGCAUGUGUUACCACUAAUGGCCCAUUGGUUAUUCACUUUGAAGAGCUGUUUCUUCGUCAGCCUAUGGCACCUGAGACAGACAUCACUUUGCGCUUCGCCAUUUUGGAAGGAGUGGCCCAUGCUAUUUGGGAUGACUACCUUCAUAUUUAA